CUAAAGUAUAAAGAUUGAUGAUAAGUUAAUCAAGUGGGUACUCGAAUAAAACAGUGUGUGUUUUAUCUGUAGCAGAUUAACACUCAGAAACACGAACAUCAAGAUGCCUAUGAGCUUGUUGGAGGCUGUUCUUCGGAGGAAGAAGCAGCAAGACCGUGGGAAGAAGGUCGAAAGCGCUGCUUCUAUAGUCCUCCGAAAUGCAGCAUCUAGUGCUGCAAGUAGUACAUCGCAGCGUGGCUCUGUUUCACAACGAGCUCAAUUCCUCGAGCGUUAUUUCGAUGACAGUGACGCAUUGAAGGCUGAAGGAGCGGAUCGCGGAUGGCUGCAUGUAACUACUCUAAUACUGAAAGAACAACUAGAUCAACAGCUGGCGCAACUUGUUCAAAAGCAUAGUGUGGUUGAUUUGCUUUAUAGGAGUGAGGGGGAUGGAACAUCUAGAACUGUUUUAGAGGUUGGAGAAGCCGGCCGCGAAGUUUGGAGGGGCAGUAAGUGGAUAGUGGUGGAGAAUACUGUAUCGUGGAGAGCGGCUGGCGGAGAGGAAAGAGGACUAGUACAACUACCAGCGGAAACUGUGCUUUUUGCUCCAAAAAAAGCACAGGAAAUCCAAGCAGCAGCAGAUGAAGAGGCGGCCAGAGCUGGAAGAGGAAUAUCGGGGGACCAUGCGGUGCAGGUGCCGAUACCUAACGAGCUGACAGAAGCUGCUGAUGUUGCUGAUGUGAUCUUCUCCGUUACUAAUAUCGAUGAGCUGCUUAGUAAAAUACCACUGGAGAAGCUGUUCUGCUUUUUGUUCUACUCGGAUUCUGGUGGGUCUACACAAAAUACGCAGCUGUGGAUGGGGAAACACUGGGUGGAUGGAACCAUUCGCAACGCGAAGCGCGGAAUUUUUUGGACAGGACGAUGUAGAAUCCAUCAGGGGGCGAUCAUUGCGCGCGAGUGCAACGACUUGCUCUUAGCCUGCACCGGAAUAAAUCCCAGAGUGUGGGAGAAACGCGUUCACUUGGCGGUAAUAGAUAUGCUAUCUUGGAUGGUUCUCUGAUACGAUUCUACUUGCUUAAGGUUAUUAUCAUCACGGAAAUCUAUGCAAAUUCGCUUGUGUUGGAUAUUUAAUUUAUACAUCUUUCAAUGCUUCUUUAGCUGGCACAUUCUUGAUCACUUAUCUCCCCCUACAAUCAGAUUAAGACGAUGUCGAUCAAGCGGCAGGACAUAUCAACUGGCCUGUCUUCAUGGAUGAACAACUACCUGGAAGAGGUCAGAGGAGCAAGACCACCCGAAAAAUUGGAUGCGCUUUUGCGGCUUUUUCGUGUGCCAGACGCCACACUGGAAGUGCUGAAGAGUCUCUAUAUGCCUAUCGAUGAAGAGGAAGCGUUCAUCUUUUGCACACCGGGGAACGCGAAGAAAGUGCGAACGUCGAUCCAUCGUCUCACUGCUGGUUUUCGCGCGCCCUCGUGGUCUCGUUGGACCACGUUUGUGACGGAGAUGGGCAAGUUCCUCUUGUGUGUGCUUUUCUACGUGCAUUUAGUGGUCGGCCGAUUGUAUGGCGAUCAGGUAAAACUCAAAGACGAGACCUGUACGAACAACAUCAAGGGCGCGAGUAGGCAAAAAGGUACUAGUUAUGAUAGGAAAAACUUCUAGUUAAUCUCAAUUACGUGGGCACUUUGUCAUGAGAUGAAAAUGAUGACUUUAUAUGCUUAUUUACUUGCAAGUAGAGAAAUCUGUUUAAGGUGAAACCAGUCGUAUAUUAUUUAAUAGAGGAGAUCUUCUUCUUAAACUAUUAUUUGAAACAACUCUGAACCCAUCAGACGACUCCUUCCUGUUAUACGUUUCUGGGUAUUUUGAGUAUAUCAUUGGGCAACCAGUGGAGCAUUAUUUGAAAACGGAAUUGAAGAAACAACCGAGAAACCGGACGGAAGUGCGAACUGCUUUGGAGAAUGACGUAAACGGCGUGCUCCUGCGGCUGCAGGACAUCGAAUCAACAUUGAAGGAAUUGAAACUGUUGAUCCACGUCAACUUGUCCGAAGAGCAGGAGGCUACAGUAUUUAUACUUUCAAGCGGUGAGUAUGAUCAUGUUAAAACUACUACUAUAUAUUGUUAUACAGGUUCUAAAUUCUCAUAAGUUCUAACUUCAAGAUCUUGAGUUGUGUUUCCAAUCCAUCCGGGAAAUAAUACCUGAAAAUGAACAAUAAUAGGUCUACAUGUUCUGUGUUUCGGCGGAACUGGCUGUCCGUGCUGCAGAGGUGCAAUUUUCUUGGCGUUUUGGUACGCAUAAGGAUAUCCACGAAGCCUUCAUGGAGCGAUAUAUUGCAGGACAAGAAGAUCUAGAAUCUCUGAUGAGCUUCGACGCUUCAGAGAUCCAUGACAGCGACCCAGGCUACUACUGUCUGGCAUCCUUACAACAGUACCUCCAGCAGUUUUCAGAUGUAAAUACUCGUAAGCGAAUGCUACGUAGGUUCAUGCAAAUGAUACACCAAGAGAAGAGACGGAAUAAAGGUGUAGAAACGAAGGUCCAGCGAGUAAAACGCAAGGCGAAGGUGGGAGUAGGUCAUCGCGCAAUGAAAAAUAUAGUAGCUUACCAGAUGCGCAGCGAUUUUAAUGCUUCGUUGAAUCGUGUGCAGGCGGAUGCACUGCAGGCAGAAAUGAUCAAGGAGCCACCUCGCAGCAAGAGAUACUGCUACAGGCGAUCAAUAGACAUCUUCAAAUCUAAGUUGUGGAAGCUGAAGCUCGGGGAGAAGGGGAAGAAAGGGGAGAAAACAGUACUUGAGAAAGGCUGUAAUAGUGUAACUCUUGCAGACAUGGGCUUGGUCGAAGAGGCUCUGCAGGAAGAAGCAUUAGCGCGUUUGGAUGGUGGAGCUAGUGCGAUUGGAUCUACUACUGCUUCUUCUAGUACACAUGACAACACAAAAGACAAUCAAGAAGACCAUGAUCCUGUGCGCGAUCCGUUGUGCGCGAAGCAAGAGCACGAAUUCUUUACCGGGUUGAAGAAAAGAGUAGAAACUGAUCUGGAGAAAAGCGUGCUUUACAAAUCUGCAGCGGAGAAGAACUUGGAGGGACUGUGCAGAAGAUGGCUACAGAAAAUCAAGUACCAUCCAUCUGAGAUUCGUGUGAGCCCACGCCUGGUGCAUCGAAUUGAAAGACAGGUGUGCUCAGCAUGCAGGGCAGCACGAAAAAAAAUCAGUGAACGAUCUACAGACAGCUUGGAGCUGGGAGUUGAUGAGGCAGAUGCAGACCGGGAAGAAGCUGUAGAUGAAGUUGACGAAGAGGAUGAUCGCAUAGACGAUGAGACGGCUGACGCGCCGCCGACUGUGUUUCUCCUGGUCUUUCACUUGCCAGUAGAUGGAGCUUCUGCUAGUAGUUGCAUUGAUAACACGACCAAAGUCAGCAUGUUGACUAUGCGAAUAGACUUGAAGUGCAGCGAUUUUAGUGGUGUUUGGGUGGAAAAGCCAAACCCUUUGCAGGAGGAUCGAUAUGUAGCCACGCGGGACAUCGUGCAUAGCGUGCCGCUUCUUAAGGAAGAGCAGUUCAUGAACAGUUCUGUGAAGAUUUACAAGGCCAAGAUUUACGGCGAGGUGGUGGAUAAGAAGCUGAUGCUGCGGGUGCAGCGUGGGGCGGAAGUAGUAGUAAACAGUCGAAAAGGUAAAGCUACUACGACAACCAUCUCAGGCACAAACACCAGUGACAAUUCUCUCUUGUCUCGCAUGCUACGAGAAGGAAAGCGAUUAGCUAUCAAGCGACAACAUGAACAAGACAGACCUGCCGGGGAGGUUAAACACAAGCGACGAAAGGUAGUAGAGGAGGCGUCGUCGUCUACUAGCAAGAAGGACAUCAUUGACAAAGCAGUAGCAAUCGAUGAGGAGGUAGAUCUGAAGGCGAAAAUGCAAAAGGAAGCGUUUAUUAAUGCAGUUGGGAACAAGAGUCCAGGAAAAUCCAUGAAGGGCAUGUACAGUUCGAUGACACUGGGCAAGGACAAGGUGCAGGACCUGGAAACAGCGAAGAGCAUCAUCAAUGAGUGGCUAUGCAAUGUGCAGAUCGAAGGCAUGAAAAUAGCAGAUGCAUCUUCUCAGACUACUUUCAAGAUGCGUGGUCGCCUCACGGACACGCUGAGAGUAGCAGUGGAUAGUACUAGGCGCCUGCGGUUUCUUCAAAUCAUCAGAGACACUUCUAUUGACAUCAUGAGUACUGCCAAAUCUUCGGCGCACCGCAAGUUCAAUUACCCGGAGGACGAGUGGAUGCACGUCUCGUACUUGUGUGCGUUGUGGGCUUUGCGGGCAAGAUUCAUUUGCGAUCGUGCUGGCAAGUUUCUGGCCGAUUCCCGCUACAAAUGUCGAGAUCCUGCUCGUUUGGCUGAAGAAUAUGAAGAAUACAUUGCGGAUUGCGUGCACCAUGGCAGAAAUUCGUGGAAACACCUUAAGGGUGAGAAUGCUAAGAGCAUGCAGAGGGCGAUGAGGCUGUGCGAUGAGAGCCUAGCAGUACUCGAAGUUGGCAGAGAAGAGUUUGAGUUUGAUGACUUUCCUGAUCAUCCAGAGUAGGAAACUUAAGGGACUAGCUAGUGUGUGACUUCGUCGGGAUCGUUUUCUAUCAUAAGUAAGUACCAAAAUGCACACUCAUAUGAACUAAAUGCGUUUCUUAUAUGGUUUAAGUAAAAGCCUGACCUUGUAUAGAUUUCUCUCUAUUGGAUAGAUGUGCUUGAUAUCUUACUGGUAAGUAAACAGAUCAAUACUUCAGGAAUCUUUAUACCGAUACUGUACAAUGAACUAGUAUUUCGCACUGCAGGCGUUUCUAUUGGUAAAAAGCUAUGGGAAAACAUGGGGUAGGACUACGAUCUUUUCAACAUCGUAGUAUCACAGAAGUAAGUAAACUAACAGCAACUACAUGCAUAUAUAUGGGGCAUAGGAAUUAGGGUAAGCCUGGAGCAGAUCCGGGUCGAAUGUAUCAGAUUGAAGUAAGAAGCUGAGCUGAGUCCAGAGGCACAGGGCUGCGCGCCUGGCUUGUAGAGGUCGAAGAGGGUGGUAAGGGGGGCCAUGGACUGAGGGCGGAAUCUUUUCUGCCUGAUUUUCGUUUUGAAUUAAGGUAGAAAAUAUUCGGAAAAAAUGUCGCGAUUUUCGAAGUUUUCUAAAGAUUCAAAAAUACCGGGGGCAAAGUGGUGAUUUUCCAAUGGAAAAUCAUUAAUGAAUCAAUAAUCCGCCCCCUAUUUUCGAAAAUCUAGUUUUUUUCCGAAUAUUUUCAAAUCUAAUAAUUUCCGAAAUCAAGAUUCUUUCCGGAAGUUUUUCCAGAAAAUGUGUAAUUUUUUCGUCAUGAGGUGACUUUCUAGAAAAUAUUCCUUUGCAAAGUAGGCAAGGUGUGUAAGAGUCUCAGAUAUGAACGUGAGCAAGAGAAACCUGAGGACAGUAAGCAUCAUCUAGAAAGUCCAUGGAGCAUCAGACCUCAUUUGAUAAGAGUCAUGGUCUCAGAAAUGACAGAAAGAGGCAGUUUGUACAGGUACAAGAAGAAAAGGCUGUCUUUCAGAUCGAGCACUUCAUGCUGAACUCUUUGAACUAUGUAAGCAAGAAGACGAGAGAAAGCUACUGCUGCCGCAGUGGUUCCAGAAGCGGAG